CGCACGCAGAUGCAAGAGACGACCGACAGAUGCUGCUGCGAGCGAUCUGGAGCGCGGGUCGCACUGCGGAUGCUGGUGGAAUUGGUCCUUGGGCUUGUGUCUCGCAGCAACCUGUCCAUGCUGCGCCGCGAGUGUGACAGGCAAACACGCCGAUCGCGCCCAUAAACGAAUCUUCGUCGCCGUUCUUGGCCAUUGCUCCCGCUAAGCCUCAUCAUCGCGCGCAUCCAACUCUCCGUCCUCCUCCACGGCCACCUCGGCCACGCCCUCCUUGCCCUUCCACCUGCAAUUGGCAGCUUGGGACCACACACACCGCAUACUGCUUGUCAACCGCGCAACACCGCCGCCAUGAGUUGGAAAGGCUUUACCAAGGGCGCCGUUCGGGCGCCCCAAAUGGUGAAGCAGAAAUUCAAUAUGGGUGAAAUCACCAAAGACGCCAUCUACAUCGACGCCGAGCGCCGCUUUGCUGAUCUAGAACGCGAAACGAAGAAGCUGCACGAUGAGUCGAAGAAGUACUUCGAUGCAAUCAACGGCAUGUUGGACCACCAGAUCGAGUUCUCCAAAGCCUGUGCCGAGAUCUACCAACCCAUAUCGGGCCGAGCGAGUGAUCCAGACUCGUACGUGAUUGACGGCAACCCGGAGGGCAUUCGCGCUUGCGAAGAGUACGAACAGAUCGUGCAAGAGCUGAAGGCUAGUCUUGCGCCGGAGUUGGAGAUGAUCGAGACGCGGAUCGUCAAGCCAGCAGAUGAGCUCAUGGAGAUUAUCAAAGUGGUGCGAAAAGCAUGUGUGAAGCGCGACCACAAGCAGAUUGAUCACGAUCGGCACAAUGCGACCCUCAAGGCGCUGCAAGAUAAAAAGGACAAAUCGCUCAAAGAUGAAAAGGCGCUAUACAAGGCCGAGAACAACGUGGAAAUGGCCACCCAGGAAUAUGAGUUUUUCAACAACCUCAUCAAGGAGGAGCUGCCACAACUCUUCCGGCUGGAAAAGGAAUUCAUCUUGCCACUUUUCCAGAGCUUCUACUACAUGCAGCUUAACGUCUUCUACACGUUACACGAGAAAAUGCAGAGUAUCGACAUUGGCUACUUCGAUUUGACCAAGGGCAUCGAAGAGUCGUUUGAGGAGAAGCGAGGUGACAUCCAGCAGCAAGUGGAGGCACUGUCAAUGGUCAAGUUCAAGACCACCGGUGGCCUGCGAAAACCUGCUGCUCUCAAAUACGGAAACCGCCUAGCCAUCACAAAUGGCAAAGCCGAGCCCGAAAACCGCCGUCUCACCAUCGAUGGCGGUCACGCUCCUCCGGCAUACGACGAGAAGCCAUCCUCAACAGACCUUGUGCAACGAGCGAGCAGUACUGGCAGCAAUUGGGCUUCUGCCGCCAAAGCCAAAGGCGCUCCUCCGCCGCCCAAACCGAAGCCGGGCCGUCUCAGUGCUGCUCCUGCCGUGGAAACCGUCACAGCACUAUACGAUUACGAUGCGCAAGCAGAAGGCGACCUCUCAUUCCGAACAGGCGAGGUCAUCGAGAUCGUCAGCAGAACAGACAAUCAGAAUGAAUGGUGGACAGGCAAAAUUGGUGUCAGGCAAGGACAAUUCCCAGGAAAUUAUGUUCAACUCAACUCAUAGGGAGGGUUUCGUCGCAUUGGCAUGAUUUCACCGCCACCUACUCAUCCCACCGGAUAUCAACGGAACGCCUGAUACUCGUGUGGAACGCAUGGAGGAUGUCUUAUUUUGUAGCUUGCUGAAAUGUGCUGGACGUGACCAAGAUGAGACGAGAGAGUAAUGUGUAUAGGACUGAGCAUAUAUGAACAUCUUACACACCUCCUUUGCGUUUGU